UAUAGGAAACAACAGGUUUCGUCUAAACGCCGUCGUUGGCUUCGCCGCCUGUUAGAACAAGAGAAAGAGAAAGAGAGAGAGAAAGACGUUGAAUUUCUAAUCUCAUCAUCCUUUUUGGACCCCAAACACAAACAAUCAAUCAAUCCACCUUCUCUCAACGAAACCAAACCCUAGCGAAGACCCUUCUUCAUUCUCCCCUCAAUUUCAAUUCCAUGCCUUGAUCCUUCUCCUCCUCCUCGAUCCCAUUCCACAGGAUUUAUUUUUCAUGAAAUGAUUGAUGGAUGAUGAUAAUACAGACGGAUAAAAUGGCUGCUCCUUCGUCACGGGAGCGUGCACAGCGCCUCUAUGAUAAGAACCUCGAAUUGGAGAAUAAGCGCCGGAGGUCAGCUCAGGCACGGGUCCCAUCAGAUCCGAAUGCAUGGCAACAGAUGCGUGAGAACUAUGAAGCAAUAAUUCUUGAGGAUCAUGCUUUCUGUGAUCAGCACAAUAUUGAAUAUGCUCUCUGGCAGUUGCAUUAUAAGAGGAUUGAGGAGUUUAGGGCAUAUUUCAGUGCUGCUCUUUCUUCUACCAGCUCAAACUCAUCUCAGGGAGGGAAAGGCCCUGCACGUCCUGAUCGGAUAACUAAAAUAAGGCUGCAAUUCAAGACUUUUCUUUCAGAGGCAACUGGAUUUUACCAUGACCUUAUUAUGAAAAUUAGAGCAAAGUAUGGGCUUCCCCUUGGUUACUUUGAGGAUUCAGAGAAUCGGAUUGUGAUGGAGAAAGAUGGAAAAAAAUAUGCUGACAUGAAGAAAGGUUUAUUAUCUUGUCACCGCUGUUUAAUAUACUUAGGUGAUCUUGCUCGUUACAAAGGAAUGUAUGGUGAAGGUGACUCAUUAAACCGGGAGUUCACAGCAGCUUCUAGUUACUACUUUCAAGCUGCAUCUCUUUGGCCUUCAAGUGGGAAUCCACAUCAUCAGCUUGCUUUAUUGGCUUCAUAUUCCGGGGAUGAGCUGGUGGCUAUUUAUCGGUAUUUUCGUAGUCUGGCCGUGGAUAGUCCAUUUACAACUGCAAGAGAGAACUUGAUAGUUGCAUUUGAGAAGAAUCGUCAAAGUUUCGCUCAGCUUCCUGGAGAUGCUAAAUCUCUUGCAGUCAAAGAACCUUCUGGGCGACUAGCUGGCAAAGGAAGAGGAAAAGUGGAAGCAAAACUUGCAACAAGGGGUACUGGUGUUGAUACCAGUCCUAGAGCAGAUGGAGCAUCCAGUAUACAAGAGACUUACAAAUUCUUCUGUACUCGGUUUGUCCGGCUAAAUGGAAUAUUGUUUACACGAACAAGCCUCGAGACCUUCACUGAAGUUCUUGCUCUUGUUAGCACUGGUCUGCGGGAACUUCUGUCUUCAGGGCAAGAUGAGGAGCUGAAUUUUGGCUCUGAUAUUUCUGAGAAUAGACUUGCCAUUGUCAGAAUUGUCUGCAUUCUUGUAUUUACAGUUUAUAAUGCGAAUAAGGAAUCUGAAGGUCAAACUUAUGCAGAAAUUGUUCAGCGUGCUGUUCUGCUUCAGAAUGCAUUUACUGCAGCUUUUGAAUUGAUGGGUUACAUAAUAGAGAGAUGUGCAGAGCUGAGUGAUCCUUCUUCUAGUUAUCUCUUACCUGGCAUUCUGGUUUUUGUUGAGUGGUUGGCUUGUUAUCCAGAUCUUGCUAAAGGCAAUGAUUUGGAUGAGAAUCAGGAAAGUUUGAGAUCAAAAUUUUGGAAUCAUUGUAUAUCCUUCUUGAAUAAAUUGCUUUCAGUUGGGCCUGUGUCUGUUUUUGAUGAUGAAGAGGAUACUUGCUUUAAUAACAUGAGCAGAUAUGAGGAAGGGGAAACUGAAAACCGACUUGCUUUGUCGGAGGACUUUGAGUUAAGGGGAUUUAUUCCGCUUCUCCCUGCACAAACCAUCUUGGAUUUUUCAAGGAAGCAUUCCCUUGGAAGUGAUGGUGAUAAGGAAAGAAAAGCCCGGGUCAAAAGAAUUUUAGCUGCAGGGAAGGCUUUAGCAAGUGUUGUUCUGGUUGAUAAAACAAUGAUAUAUUUUGAUUCAAAGACAAAGAAAUUUCUCAUUGGUGUUCAGCCUCAAUCCUCAGAUGAUUUUGUUCAAGCCGCCUAUUCCGUCAUUCAGACCGCAGAAGAAUCACAAGAAAAACCAGCAGCAGAUAAAUCAAAGGUGGAAGUUGUUCAGUCAAACCAACAUCAGUAUAUGGAAGGAGAUGAGGAUGAUGAAGUUAUUGUUUUCAGGCCUAUGGUGUCUGAGAUGCGAGCUGAUGUGGCUGUCUCAUCAUGGACACCCCAUGAGGGUAUGGAGCCUGUUCUAAAAGCUUCAGGAGGAGAUUUAAAAUUUCAUGUUAACUCUACUUCUAAUCCACUCAACAAUCUACAUCAUCAAACAAUGCCGAUUUCUGUUAGUGGUAUGAUUCCUCAACACCUGCAAUCAGUUCAGCCGCAUACAUCAAGGUGGCUGGAUGAGGAAAUUUCUCUCGCUAACAAUUUAAAAGGUCUUGGGUUAUUUGAGAAUGGGCAUGUGAUGAAACCUAGCUUACAAGAGGCUAUAGGCAUCUCAAAUCAUGUCGGACUUCCUAUUCCUAUCCAACAAUCUAUUGGUGUGGAUACUAAUGUGUUUCAUGGUCUCUCCAAAGCUUCAGAAUCUGUGGUACCAUCCAAAAUUGACGCUAUUGCAUCUUCAGGAGUAGUUUCUGAUGCUUUUGCAGUGAAGACAUCAGCCAUGCAACCUGGUAUGAGAAAAGCCCCUGCCCCAGUCAGUCGACCUGCUAGGCACCUUGGACCUCCUCCUGGUUUCAAUCAUGUUCCUUCUAAACAAAGUAUUGAAUUCACUACUUCAGAUUCAAUGAGUGGGAAUCCAAUUCUCGAUGACUACAGUUGGUUGGAUGGGUAUCAAUUGCAGUCAUCAACCAAAGGCUUAAGCUCGAAUGGUUCUCUUGCUUAUUCUCAGUCAAAUUCUUACCAACUCAGUAACAAUGGCUUGAACGGGAAUAUCAGCUUUCCAUUUCCUGGAAAACAAGUUCCAUCUGUACCUCUUCAGGUGGAGCAACAGAAUGUUUGGCAAGAUUAUCAACCUUAUGAGCUUUUAAAUUCACACCAUGAUCAACAGCUUCAGCCACAACAGCUCACAACUGGAACUCAACAGUUUUCUCCUCUGCCUGAGCAAUUUCAAGGACAGUCAAUCUGGACAGGUCGUUACUUCGUGUGAUGUCGGUAUGAGAGUAUAGAUGGUCCUUGAAGGCUUAUUGGGAAUGUGCUGCAUCCUUUUGCUACUCGCUCAAACUCCAACUUUGCUGCCUUGUCACUGGAUGUUAUUGGAGUUUCUUUUGGCCUUGACUUGUUGCAGGCACUUGCUACUAAAAAAGAUUAUGCUGAGCUCUUCAGCCCGGACAAACGGAGAUAAACAAGCAUCUUUACAAUUCAAAGUUUCGUAAGAAGUAAAUGCCUUGUCUGGUCGGUUGGGGUGGAUAGGUGAUGAUAAAUAAAGGAUCUUGGAGCAUGUAUCUCCUGGAAUUGGUGGUGUUACAGUGGUUUGUUCACAUCUCUAGUGGGAAUGUCAUAAUGAUGCACCUCUAAGAAUCGUUGUUACAAUCGUGCGGUUGCAAGUAAUCCAUAGUGCUAGCCCCUUUUCUGCCUCAAUGCUUCAGACUUACAGUUGGGAAGGUUGGUAGGUAAGAACUGGGUGUCAAGUUGGACAGUUGGGAUAUGAUAUGUAGACUUUGUGGUGCUCACUUGAGUGAGUAAUGUGUUUAGUUGUUGCGUCUUUGUUAAGAUUCUUAUAAUAUGUUGUGAUGAGUUAUAUAUGGUUCAUUUUUACGUUUAUCAAGUCGAGGGGUUGACUCGAACUUCUAAAAUAAAUGGAUAGUGGAUACAUAUCCUCCAUCUUGGUCUGUAUGAUUACAAUGAUUUAUAUAUCUGUAUUUGGAUUUAAUA